CGCAUCUUCCUCUGUAUCCUUAACCUCUCUCUCCCAUCCACCAUUUCCCUCCUCAAGCCUCUCAGAAAGUUGCCUCUCCAGCACUUUCUUACUCCCCGCAUCCUCAAGAAGUCGCCUCUCUGUCCUUGCACUUCUCGCAACCUCCUACACACAUCAGCCAAGAUGUCUACCAACGCAAGAUUCGACCCUAACUUCACUCCCUAUGUCGUCAAUGCCAUGGGACCCGGCACUCCCGACCGUGCUCGUGUCGUCCUUGGUUCUCUGAUUAAGCACAUCCACGACUUCACCCGUGAGGUUGAGCUCACCCCCGCAGAGUGGAUGAUGGGUGUCGAGUUCAUCAACUCCAUUGGCCAGAUCAGCACUCCCAUCCGUAACGAGGGCCACCGCAUCUGCGAUGUCAUUGGUCUCGAAUCACUCGUCGACGAGAUUGCCAACCGCAUUGUUACCGAGCAGGGCAUGUCCCCCACCUCCAACGUCAUUCUCGGCCCCUUCUGGUCUCCCAACGCACCUUUCCGUGAGCUCGGCGACAGCAUCAUUCAAGACCACAAGGAGGGUGGCAGAGUUACAUACAUGCACGGUGUCCUCAAGGAUAUGGAGACUGGUGCUCCCAUUGAGGGUGCUGUUCUCGACAUCUGGCAGGCUUCUUCCAACGGCCAGUACGACUUCCAGGACCCCGAGCAGUCCGAGAACAACCUCCGUGGCAAGUUCAAGUCCGACAAGGAUGGCAAGUUCAACUGGUACUGCUACCACCCUACUCCCUACUCCCUGCCUACCGAUGGUCCCGCCGGUGUCCUCCUCAAGCUCAUGGACCGCUCUCCCAUGCGUCCCGCUCACAUUCACUUGAUGAUCACCCACCCCGACUACGCCACUGUCAUCAACCAGAUCUACCCCAGCGACGACCCUCAUCUCGACAUUGACUCCGUCUUCGCCGUCAAGGAUGAUCUCGUUGUCGACUUCAAGCCCAAGACCGACGACCCCAAGGCACAGCUUGACCUCGAGUACAACGUCACCUUGGCCCUCAAGAAGCACCACCCCAACCCCAACUCCGCUCCCCCAGUUUCGUCAUUCGAACGUUCAAUGGGAACCAAGAAGCCCAUCAACCCCAACCAGGCUGCUGCCAACCUGUAGAGGUGGAAUACUCAAAAGCUGGAACUUGUAUAUGAUGAAGAGAGCAUACUUUUAACGAUCUGACAUUUGUUGAGAGAUCCGAAAGGCAGGGGAGCAUAUUGUGCAUAUAUCAUGUGGUUGGAUUUACAGAGGCGUUCUGGGACUUUUUACAUCCGACUGGCCAUUUCUGCCAUCUUUCAUGUUCGCUUUCUUUUUUUGCGAUAUAUCCAACAUGAAAAUCAAUUUCUUAUUACUUCAAAAC